AUGUAUGCAUCACGCGCGAUCCGUCCCCUCCUGCGUCAGGCCACCCGCCCUAUCGCUGCGCGCCGCUUCCUCAACACCGAAAACGCACCCAUUCUCUACUCUGCGCACGCCAAGGCUGUUGGCGCCCGCAACGGCCACGUCGAGGGCAGCGAGGGCCUCAAGAUGGAUCUGGGCAUGCCCAAGGGCCUCGGCGGCGCCGGAGGGCCCGGCAAGACCAACCCCGAGGAGCUCUUCGCGGCGGGCUACGGCGCGUGCUUCCAGUCGGCCAUGGGCCUCGUCGCGCCCAAGCUAGGCAUCAAGAUGCCUCCCAAGGCAGAGGACAGCAUCAUCGAGACGACGGUGCACAUGGUUGGCGACCUGAAGAAGACGGACCUGGGCAUCAAGGUCGACAUGCUGGUCAAGGUCAAGGGCGUCGACAAGGCGGACCUGGAGAAGCUGAUUGAGAAGACGAAGGAGACUUGCCCGUACAGCCGCGCUACGCAGGGCAAUGUCAUCACCAACAUCGAGGUCGAAACGAUGUAA